AUGGUAGAGGAAGACUGUAUUCACAAAGUUGGAAACAUGAUGCAAGGGUCGUCAACUUCACCAGAAAAAAGCGGGAGGUAUACAAUAGAAAACAAAUAUCUAGAUUCUAUUGAUAUCAUCAAAUCAGAAUUGUAUCAACACGGAUACCGCUUCGUUAAGUUUCUGGGUCAGGGAGGGUACGCCAAGGUCGUCCUCGCCGAAAUCAUGCCUGGCAAGUUAGCCCGCUACGAGGCUGAUGCGGAUUCGACAGGGAAUGCCUGUGUUCUGUCGGUUGCCAUUAAGGUAAUAAGCAAAGAAAAAGUACCUCAAGAUUUCAUCGAUGAGUGCCUUCCAAGAGAAUUGGAAAAUCACUCCAAGCUUCACUCACAUCAACACGUGGUACGCAUAUACGAAACCAUGCAGACACGCGAAAAUGCGUACAUAGUGAUGGAUUAUUGUCCGAAUGGCGAUUUGGUGGACUUGAUCAAUCGACACGUGAGAGGAGAUGAAAUAGGAAUUGGCGAGCCUAAAUCUAAAAAACUUUUCAAACAGCUCUGCGAGGCCGUACAUCACAUGCACAGUGCUGGUAUUGUACACAGGGAUUUAAAAUGUGAAAACAUUUUGCUUGACAAAGACAACAAUAUACAGCUAACCGAUUUUGGGUUUUCUGAACGUUGCAACGAAAGUAACCAGAUGCUGAAAACCCGUUGUGGAACAUUUUCAUAUACUGCUCCGGAAGUGAUGACUGCCGACUCUUACAACGGUUUCCAAUCUGAUAUUUGGAGUUUAGGAGUCACUUUGUUUGCCUUGGUGAAUGGUCGUUUUCCAUACAAUCAUUUACAACUCUCGGCAAUGGACGCAGACAUGAAGAUGCAGAGGUUGCAGUUUCGGCAAAACGUUUCAUCUGACUGCAUAAAGUUGAUAAAGAAGAUGCUGCAAUUUGCUCCAAAUAAUCGUCCAUCUAUCCGAGAGGUACUGGAUGAUUUUUGGUUAACUGGAAGGAAACCAAUUCCAAAACAAUUGAAUCGUCCUAAAUGGGAGGCGAAGUAA